ACUCUGCCUGUAAUGCUGCAUCCGGGCGGGAGGUGGCGCUCUUCCCUUCCCUCCUCCUUCGAUUUCCAGUUGGCUUUCCAGCCUUUUCUCAUCAAACCCCGGUACAGAAUUGCAGGGAAAAGAAAGCCAGAGCCUCAGACUGGACUUGUUGAUCACGAAGAAGCAGCAGCAGCAAAAAGGGAGAGAGCAAAGCAAGCAAGCAAGGAACCGACCAAGAAAAGCAGGAAGCAUUUUCCUCUCUCUCUCUCUCUGCUCCCUCUUUUCAUACCAACUGGAUCCGGGGACCAUUUUAGAUCAUCUGAUCUGAAGGUGGGCCUUGGAAAAAAAGGAGAAGAAGCAGAAGAAGAAAGAGGAUCCAGAGGGCUUUCCAUGCGAGCCCCCCUUGGAGGAGCUGCUGGCACGAUGGCUUCCUGAUAAACCUGGCAUCCUGGACCGAUUGCCAAUUGCCUCCCCUCCUGGACCACUUUGGGAUUGGGUGCCUGGAAGGAGAGGGGGGGUCCUUCUUCUCCAGCGCCCCCCCCCCAACGACCCUCCCUCCGACGCCUUUUGCAAGGAAGGAGGCAUGUCAGUUGCCUGCGCCUGGUUGCUGAGCUCCCUGCCUCUCGCCUGGAGCAGGAUGUAGGAAGAGCCGAGGGUCCCUUUAGGCUUCCUUUCUGACCCAAGAAGCAUGGAGGAGAAAGAGAACAGAUGAACAGAUCUUGCCCAGAACUGUGAGUAUCCUGGGAGUUGUCAUCACCCUGUUCCAGCCUUAUCGAGAGGAGCAAUGCCUACGGGAAUGAACAAGAAUGGAUCACGAUCGACUACCUCUUUGCCUCCAGAUCCCAUGGAGAUUGUUAGGAGCAAGGCCUGCUCCAGGAGAGUCAAGCUUAAUGUGGGUGGCUUGGCUCAUGAGGUUUUAUGGAGAACCUUGGACAGGCUUCCACGGACAAAGCUGGGUAAGCUCAGAGACUGCAACACCCAUGAAUCCUUGAUGGAUGUAUGUGAUGACUACAACUUAGAGGAGAAUGAGUAUUUCUUUGAUAGGCAUCCAGGGGCAUUUACUUCUAUCUUGAACUUUUACCGCACGGGCAAGCUACACAUGAUGGAGGAGAUGUGUGCUUUGUCCUUCAGCCAAGAACUGGACUACUGGGGGAUUGAUGAGAUCUAUCUGGAGUCCUGUUGUCAGGCAAGGUACCACCAGAAGAAGGAACAGAUGAACGAGGAGCUCAAGAGAGAAGCGGAAACAAUGCGGGAGAGAGAAGGAGAAGAAUUUGAUAAUACCUGCUGUGCUGAAAAGAGGAAAAAACUCUGGGACCUGCUGGAGAAGCCCAAUUCUUCGGUAGCGGCCAAGAUUUUGGCUAUUAUUUCCAUCAUGUUCAUCGUCCUCUCUACUAUUGCCUUGUCACUCAACACACUUCCUGAACUCCAAGGUGAAGAUGAAUUUGGACAUCCCACGGAUAAUUCUCAACUAGCCCAUGUGGAGGCAGUGUGCAUUGCAUGGUUUACAAUGGAGUACCUCUUGCGGUUCCUUUCCUCUCCUAAGAAAUGGAAGUUUUUCAAAGGUCCAUUGAAUGCUAUUGACUUACUAGCCAUCUUGCCCUACUAUGUCACCAUCUUCCUCACUGAGUCAAACAAAAGUGUACUUCAGUUCCAGAAUGUGCGGAGAGUGGUUCAGAUAUUUCGUAUCAUGAGGAUACUACGAAUUCUAAAACUAGCCAGGCACUCCACUGGUUUGCAGUCCCUGGGAUUUACACUGAGGAGAAGUUACAAUGAACUGGGAUUACUCAUUUUGUUUUUGGCCAUGGGCAUUAUGAUCUUUUCAAGCUUAGUGUUUUUUGCAGAAAAAGAUGAGGAAGAUACAAAAUUCAAGAGCAUCCCAGCAUCCUUCUGGUGGGCAACAAUAACUAUGACAACAGUUGGCUAUGGAGACAUCUACCCUAAAACACUCUUAGGUAAGAUUGUUGGUGGGUUGUGCUGUAUUGCUGGGGUCUUGGUUAUUGCUCUCCCUAUUCCAAUCAUUGUAAAUAACUUUUCUGAGUUCUACAAAGAACAGAAGAGGCAGGAAAAAGCCAUCAAACGCAGAGAAGCUCUUGAAAGAGCAAAAAGAAAUGGGAGCAUUGUAUCCAUGAAUAUGAAAGAUGCUUUUGCCCGUAGUAUAGAACUAAUGGACAUAGUUGUUGAGAAAAAGGAAGAAGAUGCAGGGAAAAAGGAUAAUGUUCAAGACAAUCAUUUAUCCCCAAGCAGGUGGAAAUGGGCCAAGAGAUCACUCUCUGAAACUAGCUCUAACAAAUCUUUAGAGACAAAGGAACAGGGAUCACCAGAAAAGGCUCGGUGUUCUUCCAGUCCUCAGCAUCUGAAUGUUCAACAACUGGAAGACAUGUACAAUAAAAUGGCAAAAGCUCAGUCACAGCCCAACCUCAACAUGAAGGAGUCAAGUCAACCGAGCAAGCAAAAAGAAGAAUUAGAGAUGGAAGCCAUGCCUGGCCCUAUGGUCCCUUUGCUGACCACUCGUGCAGAUGGAAUAAUUGACAUGAGGAGCAUGUCAAGCAUUGACAGUUAUAUAAGCUGUGCUACAGAUUUUCCUGACUCUGGGAGAUAUUCCCAUAGCCCAUUAACAACAUUGCCUAGCAAAGCUGGGAAGAAUCCACUUCAGGACCCAUACAGACCAGAGGGAAGUGGGGCAAAAUUUAUGGAGAUAAAACCAAAUCUAGAAAGUGGCCAUUGCUCUACCUUUUUCAUAGAAAGCCCCAGAAGUUCCAUAAAAGUUACCAAUCCUCUCAAGCUACGAUCUCUGAAAGUUAACUUUAUGGAAGAGGAUGCCAUAGGAUCAGGAGCUUCAAAUGUCCUGAGAAUAUAUCCAGAUCCUCUCAAGAACAGGGGAGUCACAGGUGCUGCUACAGAUAGUUCAGGACAUUCUGAUAGAUCCUUAAUGAGCCCAGAAACCUCUGUCUACACUACAGCAAGUGCUAGAACUCCCAUAAGGUCACCUGAGAAGCAGGCAGCAGUAGUUUUUAACUUCCAUGAUGCUGGGAUACAUAAAUAUAUUGAUGCUGACACUGAUGAUGAAGGUCAAUUGCUGUAUGACUCAAGCCCUCCAAAAUCCCGGCCAGGAAACACAAGCCCCAAAUACAGCAUUUCGCAUAGUGGCUAUUUAAGGCAAAGGGAUAAUGUUUAUAGAACAGAGAAGAACCACUUAGAGACUGCUGCUUUGCCCUCCUCGCCCAAGCGUGUAGGUCAAAAUUGUCUUUAUUCCAUGGAAAAUAUCACUGGAAGAACCCAUGGUAGCCAGGAAACUGUCAAAUUAGAAAAUCACAUUUCACCUGAGGUUCACAUAUUACCAGGUGGAGGAGGACAUGGUAACACACGUGAUCCAAAUAUUUGAUGUGUACCCCAGAACAUUUUGUUGAAAGUUGAAAAGGAAUGCCUUUACACUCGACACACAAAGAAGAGCUUCUGCAUGGCAUGAACCUUUGACUGAAACAAGCCACCUCUUUUGUAAAAGACAAGAGGAUGCCCUCAAGAUGGGUUUAGGGAACAGAACUCCUCGGGAUCCACCACAGAUUUGUUGUCCUUAACAGUUACAGUCAUCAACUAAAAUGAAAACCGUGCAUCUUGAUCAUAAUUUGAUCUCCUUUCAGUUUCCUUUGUUGAAAUCAGUUUGACCAAAUAUUCUAUUCACUCUCCCUUUUUGACAGACCUCUUUUAUGGCAAUGCCAAUAACUGAUUUGCAUUACCCUCUUAAAGGCCAAAGCAGUCACAGUCAAAUACUGGAACAAAUUGAGAGAAGGAAUACAUCAAUCAGAAACACAACACUUUUUGCUUAGGGGCAACUGUUCCCAACAUUCCCUUUUUCUUUGAUGGAUACGAGGUCUGAAGGUAAUAGGGUGGGCUUGGGUAAGCUUAUGGCUACAUUGCAAAAUCAGUGAAUUGAGAAAUAAACUUUUUAAAUUCUCUGUGUGUGCUUUAUAUUUCAAGAUUCAUUGAGACCUCAAGGUUUAUUUUUAAAAUGUCAGCAAGGCGAGUUGCACCAUUUGUAUCCUAAAUCUAAAACACCCCUUCAAAAUUCUGUUUAAAAAUUGCAUGUUCUAUUCUGCUAGAAGGAACACCAAAACUGAGACCAGGAAAGCAGUUUUUAAAUAGGAAUUAGGAAGGCACUUAAAAAUAGUAGGGGGUGUGAAUGAGGUAUUCUGAUGAUCUUAUAAGUGACACAGGGCUCUGUUGGUAUUCCUGGAAAUGGAUUUGUUGUUGAUGUUAGCUGCAUCAAGUCAACUUCAAUUUAUGGUGACCCUGUGAAUGAGAGACCUCCAAGUCACCCUAUCAUGUACAACCUGAAUUUCAUCCCUUUGUGUGUUGGGAGAAGGUAUCCUUACUACCCAAAACCAACAAAUGGAAAGUGCAGCAUUUGGAAAGUCAUGCUAGCUUUGUGAACAAAUCUACUGGCAAAGAGAUUAAAUAAAAUAAAUAGUACAAAAAGGUAUUCAGAUUCUGUGCCCUGGAUUAUUUGCACACACUUUCAGGGUUUACACCCAACCUGUUUGCCAUGGUAAACAAAUAUUUCUAGCACAUUUUGCACUUAAAUAGUGUUGAAUAAAAAGAUAUGCAAGUUUUAAGUACAGAAAUAUGCAAAAUAAUAAUAAAAAUAAAAAUUGAUCCUAAGCAAUGGACCCGGGGCCUGAUCCUCCUUUCAUUUGAACUGAUAUAAAUCAGAACAAAUUGUGUUGGGUUUUCAUAAUGGGAAGAGAAUCAAGGCCAAGACCUUAGUAAGCUUCAACAAUUUCUUUUUAUCCUUACCAUUUUAAGCAAAAACAUAAACAGCAGCACCAGCUUAGACUUAUAACUUAUACUGUUAUAUCAAAUCUAGUAUCAUUAAAUUGUAUUGUUAUUAAAAGCACUUUGUGUUGAUUUUAUGAUUGCUUUGGACAAAGGUGGAGCAGAGCGAACCAGAUCGAAUGUAUAUUUAGCAAAAUCUAGCACUUUAAAACAAGCACUAUCUUGAUUUGUGCCUCAUCACAUCUGUGAUUUCUUACCUAGCUGGUAACAAACUGUGUGAUAACUGUGAUGCUAACACUUGAUAUUGUGCUCAUUGUUACUGUAAUAUAUAUGUCAUUGAGUUUGACUUCUCUUUCAGAAUACACUACACUCUCACUAUGCAGUGUGAGAGGUAGACUGUAUAAGCAGAUGCCUAAGGUCACUGACAUUCAAAAAGGACAAUGGAGGAAAAUCAUAUAUUUAAAAAGGCAUGAUCUGAAGCUCAGAGCAACCUGGCUAAAGAUAAAGCAGUUGUUAUUUUCUUGUUUUGGCCUACAGUAGCGGCUUUGAUCCAUUCCUCUUAGAAAAAACCUAAAUAGGUGUUUUUACAGUGGUGACAGAGUAAAUAGUAAAAGCUACAAGUGUAGCUCUUUGAAAGAAAGAAAAACCUGGACAGAGUGACCGGUAUCCUGACAGAGACACAUGCAAGCUAAGUCCACCUUACAUCUACAUACUUCUUUUUUUGGCCAUUGCAGUGGUUAAUAUAUUUUGCCACAAUCUGCAAUGACCAACUUUCUCCACCAACUCAAUGUUUUGCUGAUGGAGAGUGUAGGAAAUGGGGAAUCUAUCCAUCUAUGUCCUGUAUCAAAGAUAGAUCAAUGACAUCAUCCAUCAAGAAGCUGUUGGAUCUUGGUGGAAGAUGCCAUCAGUUUGAAAUUGGCUAUGGGGUAUAGCCAUAUAAUAUCCCAUUAUUAGCUCCAGUUAGACUUGACCCACUGAACCAAGGAGAAGUUGUAAACUGAUACCUAUUCAUUCUAUAAGUCUGUUCUAGUUGUGGAGACUAACAAUUGGGUUUAAAGAAGUGACAAUAGUGAUAUUUGGCUUUUUGUCCAAUAUUUGAGAUCAACCCUUUUAACUAUGGAUAUCAUUAACUGGAGCACAUUGCAUCUACUAUAAUGUGUAAUGUGCAACAUGUCUUGGCAUAUAAUUUUUAAGUGAAACUCUGAAAUCCACUGCAUCCCUGAAAACAACUAUCCACCUUCUAGAGAUCACCAUUUUGUCCACUAGUUACCUUUCUGGUGUCAAAAUAGCUAUUUGGUUGUUCCAGAAUGUCAUUCUUGUCAGUUCAAACUGUACUGUACUUCCAUCUGUAAUGCAUGCAGCAUGAAUAGACAAAAAGCAAUAAGCAACAUUUAUCAUAUAAAUUGCUAUGUUUAAUUUUGUUAAGUUAGUCCUUUCCACAAGACUGUAUGGAGGUACAUAUUUUACACAUUUGCUCCUUUGAUCUGGUACUAUUGGGAUGUUUCCUCAAAGGUCUGCUACCAACAUUACCAUAUCCAUUCACAUGAACAUAGAGUCCAGCAUAUCUAGUUGUGAAUAAAACCAAAUUAUCAGCAGCUUAGUCCAGUAAGGGUAGUGUGGUCUCAUUUCAUGCUAAGAGUUGCACGAUUUAACCAAAAUGAUACCUCUCUUUACAGAGACAGCAACUGAGUAUUGAACUUCAAAAGGCCCAACUGUUGAAAAGUAUUACUUUAAAAAUCUGUCUAAGGCCAGUCCCACAAUAAUUAAUAUAUGUGUACUUUAGAGGAGCUGAGUUAAGUUGUAACCAUCAAAUAAUUAUUAGGAAAUGAGUUUAAGGUCAGCAGUAAAGCACAUGUUUCAUAUGCAAAAGGUUAUAUAUAAAUUCAGUUCUUGGAAUCUCCAUAGUAAAGCUGGAAAACUGUGCUUGAAAUCUUGGAAUGCUUCUGCCAAACAGUGUCAAGAAUAGUGGCACAAAUAAACCAGUGUGAUCUGUCUCAGUCCUGGCAAGCUUCCUAUGUUCCUGUAGUGGCACAAAUUUUGGCCUAAAAUCCAGUUUUUAGUCCCAGUGAGUUAUAUGCCCCAUUGACUCAAUGGUUCUCCA